AUGGAGUUAGGAAAACAUGAAAGCAAAGCCUCAGGAAGAGAAGCUUUAGAGGAAAAGCAAAUGGUCUCUUCUCAAGAAUCUGGGACCAAACCAUUGACCUUCACAUUCGUACCAUCCAUUGGACAGCUUCCAACCCAUUUUGAGGUUGUGGAUAUCUCUAAGUUCCUUGUGACAAUUCCAGAGGAACCAAAGGAUCUGAGCAACCAAAAAAUUGUAAAUAAGUCUGACACAGUCUCUGAUGAGCUGGUCUUAAAGAGUGGGGCCAAACAAGACUGUGUGUCCACUGUCUGUGCAGACAGCGCCCGAACGGCUUUCCCGUCCCUGGGGUGUCAUUCAAGCAGAGGAGACAUGCAGGAGAAUGACCUUUUUAAGGCUGAGUUUAUCCUGAUUACGGACUCCGGUGAUGAAGAUGAAGUAGCUGCUGCCUCAAGCAAUGUUCAUCAGCCUUCCAAUGGCUACAGUGCCAUCAGUGCUCAGCUGCUGACCACAUCCCACCUUUCCCCUGGCACCGAGGCAGGGACACCUCCCAGCGAUGGGCACCUUCCAGGUGUUGCUCUUUCCCACAGUACUACUGAUCCACAAAAACAUCAGUUAAUUUCUACUCUUUCCACCUCUGAUCAUCUUUCCUCUAAACCACCUGCUGUCCACUUAAUUUCUCCAAUUAAUCAGAAAGUAGCGUGUGGUGCCGUGGUUAACAUGAAUCAAGCCUCUUCGCUGGAAGAUUCCUGUAACAACUGGCAGUCAGCAACCAGGUUUUCUAAGCAAGAGUCAUCUCUCUACUUUCAAUCUGCUUCCCAUAGUUCACCUCCCUCAAUGUCUAAAAUAUCCUCCUCUGCAUCAAAGAGUUGGUACUCCACUCCUCGAUUGUCUGAUAACCUACAAACACCAAGUCUCUAUAACCCUGACUGUGUUUGCAAAAUGGGAGGCUUCACCACAUCCUCUGUUCAGACAAAGAGUCCAAAUCUUUCCUCCAAUCCUCCAUGUUCAGCUGAAGUGCAAGGAUCUUUAGCUCAGUCUAUAUCCCCGAGUUCUUCCAAAAAACUGUCUCCUCUUCCUGUACGUAUAAUAACACAUUCAUUAUCUCCUAGCCCUAAACCUUUGUCUCCACCCUCUCUUUAUGGGUCCUCUUCGACCAUAUGUAGUAUAAAUGAGCCUUACACACAAGCGUUAUCCAGAGGAAAUUCAGCCAAGUCAGGAGUCAAAUCCCCUCUGCCAACCAGACUGACUCUCUUAACUGCUAUUCUGAGAUCAGGCUCCUCUCAGCGGAGGCCGCUUUCUCCUGCUUCUUGUCCCACAUUUUCCCCUAGCUCCCUUAGUUCCUCAACACUUGCAAUAGAUCGAAAGUUCAAAACAACUCCCCCAACCCCCAAGAAAUCUCUUUCAAGCCCUCCUAUAAGGCCAGAUUCCCCCAGCAAAGAGGAUUAUUGGCUUUCAGGAUGGGCUCAGCAUCUGCCUUUACCUUCCAAGCCUCAUCCCACCCCUCAAGCGAGGUCCCUUUCUCCUAAAAAGCCCCCUCCCGUUCAAUCACUUUCUCCAGACUGCCGAAAUUCUUUGUCAUCCCCUCUCUCCUCCCACAGAAGAUCAAUUGCCUCUCCAGAUUUGCAGUCUUCACUGCGUCCUCCUAGUGCCCCAGCUCCCUCUUCCAUUGCAUACCCCACCUCUCCUUCUCCAGAAGGGCUGGGCUGUUCUGCCUCCCGGUCCCGGGCACCUCAGGAGUCUCAGAGAGUGCACACUUACUCACCCAUCUUCACUUGCCGGUCAUAUCCUUUGCUUGCUUCUACCUGUCCUAGUGGUGCAUUGUCUCCUCCCUCAGAAAGACAGUCAUCUCCUUCCCCAUGUUUUUUGCACUCACCUUCCAGAUCUGGAUCAGAUUCACCCCAAACAUCUGUUCAUGAGAUCAGUGCCUCCUCUCCUACCCCUUCUGGCAUCUCAAAGCAGUGGCCUCUCCCACGGCCUCACUGUACCCCACUGGUUCCACAAACUGGUAGCAUUAAUUCCCAUCCACUACUAUUGAAUUCUUCAUUGGUGCAAGCAAAUUUUAGGUCUAACUCCUCCUCUCCGAGACCUGAGCAUUCUGCCACCUCAUCAGUGUUAAAGUGCAGAUCUCCCAUCUCAGACAAGGCACCAGGCACACUGCCAUCAAGACCCAGAGAGCUGACUUCACCACAGUCUUUUUCCCUGCCUCCUGGCCAUGAAAACUUCAAACCCAAGCAGUACAAGAUCAAGACAAGCUACAAGGCAUUUGCAGCAAUCCCUACAAACACAUUGCUUAUGGAACAGAAGGCAUUAGAAGAGCCAACCAAGCCUGCUGGUGCGACUGAAGGCACUGCUUUGGACACUCAUUCAGAGAUGUGCUCCCCUUCCCAGCUCAGACAACAAACAGAAGAAUUGUGUGCUGUCAUUGAUCAAGUCCUGCAGGACCCCUUGACUAUGCGCCGGUGUGAGUCUUCUCCAAGUUUUCUGCAGAUGAGCACAGAGUCAGAUGUUGGCAAGAUGUCAGCAACACUGCAGAGAGCAGCUGGGCGUGAAACCAGAUAUGCCAACCUUUACAAAUCAGUGCCUAUAGUAACUGAGAGUCAGCUGACAAAACCUGGUGUUAUUCGUCCCGUGCUGGUGAAAGCAAAGAGCUCACAGCAAAAGGAGGAGCCCUAUCAACCCAAUCCUUUUAAAAAGUACCUUGAAGAAAUCAGUGAUCAAAAUAUUGAGCAGACAAUUGUCUCCUACACCCUCUGUAUCCGACUAAACUGA